AUGUCGAGACGUCUAGGUAUGGAAAAUCGAGAAAACCACUGGGAAAGACUACUAUGGCUCAAACAAGACUACCCGGAUAAUUACUCCGACCCCGCGUUCUUGAAAGAGCUUUCAGAGUUUCACCAACAACAAUUGUUGCCUCACAGUCCGUCUUCCUAUAAUUCUAUAGUACGAGACUUCCUUCUGUUCUAUCAUCGAGUCUUGAAUGCGUCUUCGAUCUACGUCAUUUUCUCACUUAUUUAUUAUUACGAUUACAAUCCGCUCCAAAUUGCAAUUGGAACGAGUCUCCUAGGAACAUUGGGACUCGUUACUUCCAGGUACAGGUUUGUCCGAUUGAAGUCUUCUCUCAUUAUCGUCUUUACAUUGCUCAAUCUGUCUCCAUUGUUGAAAUCGCUGUCCAGAACUACUUCGUCGGAUUCCAUUUGGACGCUUUCGUGCUGGUUGACGGCAUUUUACGUGCUUUCCAUCGCUUUGGAGACUACAAAUAUCAUUUCUACAAAUCUAUUGGUGUGCAAUGCUGCGGUUUUGGCUUCUAGACUAAAAACCACCACCGAGGUGUUUUGUUUCCUUCUCAUUUGCAUCGAGAUAAAUAUUCUGCUCCCAAAACUGGAACGAUACUUUUUCUCCAAGGAAUUGUACGCUUACUACGCGGUGCUCUUUCUGGGCGACCAUAUCGUAUUGUAUUCCUUUGUCGCAAUGUCGCUAGGAGUGCCCUAUAUGUUGUCGCUAGCAUUGUUUUCGUUGGUUUUCAUCACCGUUUUGCCAAGGUAUUUCAUGAGAUGGCAAAGGCUUUACUAUCGGGGAGGCGCCUUGCUUUCGAAAUGGGACGCCAAAGUACCAAUUUUCAAUUGA